UAUAAUACGAAGUUUUGUAACUAUACAUCUAGUGUGUGAAUGUUCCAGAACACUAUAAUAUUAGGAUUUAGGAAGUCGUUUUUUAAAACCGAUUACCUACCAUAGAAUACCUCGUACCUCGACUUACUUCAUAUUUACAUUUUUUAAUAAUGGGGCUUUUGAAAGUUGCUCUUGUAUUGAUGAUCGUUAGCUGUUCAUCUUUGUACUCUGUGAAGUGUCAUUCAUAUCAUUUCGGCCAAUGUCCAACUCUCGAACCAAUGGCUGAUUUUUCAAUGGAUAAGCUUUUAGGAAAAUGGUAUGCAAUACAAAAAACAUCAACGUCAAGUCGGUGUCUUGAAUAUAACUUUGAAAAAACAAGCGAACCCAACUCAUACAAAUUAGAUCAAGUGAGCGAAAACUCAAUAAUAAAUGUAGCGAAAUCUAAUAACUAUCAUUAUAUUGGAAAUCUAAAAGCGGAUCCUAACUUACCUUCGAGAAUGAUGGUUAAUUUUCCAUUAAAUGUUGCGGGUAAAGCGUCGUUUGUUGUUUUUUCAACAGACUACAUAAAUUACGCAGGAAUAUUUUCUUGUCAAAAAAUACCACUUGGUAAUAGACAUUCAGUGACGAUUUUAUCUAGAUCAAAAACUUUAGAUAAACAAUUCGUAGAUAAAAUGCGUAACCGUAUUGCUUCGAGCAACGUCAAUCCAUUUGACUUAACCAUCGUUGAUCAAAACAAUUGUUCAAACCUUAAUACAACGAUGCGUGUGGAAAUCAAUGAUCAAACGUUUAGUUCACAGAAUAUUGGUCAGGCGGUACGCAAAGUAGGAUCGAAAAUCGGCGACGGUGUAGAGUACGUGAUCGAUGGCGGUAAAAAAAUAAUCAAAACAGCGAGUAGAUCAGACGAUACCAAAGAUGAUCCUAAUAGUGACGUCGAAUGGAUGCCGUAGAUUAAUAUCGCAAUAACGACAUUGCAUAGAUGCAUACUACAUAAACCUGUUCUUGUUGUAGUUAAUAAUCGGGAAUUAUAUCUAUUCCUAUUUAUACAUAAGUUAAAAAAAAAAUUUUCCUACGACUGAUAAUCAAAAAAAUAAAAAUGUUAAUUUAGUAUAGUUUUAUUAUUUUACUUUACAACUGCAGUUUGUAAAGUAGUUAUAAGUAAGAUUUUUAUUAUUUAACUAUAU